GCGUCAUGCAGGCGUAAGAUCUCACGUUACGUACGGCAGCAGGAAAUGUGAUGUGGAUUUGAUUACAAGCAACAAAAAUGUCAGCCAUUUUCAACUUCCAGUCACUGCUGACUGUGAUUCUCCUCCUGAUCUGUACCUGUGCCUACAUCAGAGCGUUGGCUCCAAGCCUACUCGACAAGAACAAGACUGGGCUUCUUGGAAUUUUCUGGAAAUGUGCCAGAAUAGGUGAACGGAAGAGUCCGUGGGUGGCUUGCUGCUGUGUCAUCAUGGCGUUUAGUAUACUCUUCCUGCAGUAGCAGUCGACAGGAAACUGCACAUGGAAUCUUUGGGAAAUGAACAGAAAACAUGGAAUGGACAAUGCAUUUGUAGAAGCACAGCAGGACUAAUGAAAACUGAGGCCUGUCACCACUCACUGUAACCAGACAAAAUGUGUCCGUGUUGGAGUAGGACAGAAGGCUCCAGAGUGAGUCUACAUCCCUCCAGAGACUCAGACCUCUUCAUUUGUGUACACUUAUGUGGAAUGUUUAUUCUGUGCAAGUGUGGGGCCAGUGUUUCCAUUGACCUGCAUUUUAUUAGGAAAAAACAGAAAGGCAAAGGAUUCAUUCUUAUGUUUGUGGGAUCAAAUGUGAUGUUUGUCCAUGCAUUUCAAACCUUUGCCCAAUUAAUUGUUCUCCUUUGGAUUUUGUCAUAUUUGUUAGUGAGAAAUCUUUCACGAAAGAGGGUCUGAUAAUUCUUACACUCAUGCUCUAUUACUGCUACUCCCUUUGUUUCUGUAAAAGAUCUUAUUCUGCAGCAAACUGAAUAACAUUCUGGCUUUUUAUGUGUGUAAUUACAUUUUCACUUUCCAGAGCUGUCUCCCAUUGCUGAGUUUUGACACCCAAUUGUACAUUUUUGGUGCACAGUACCAAAUCAGAGCCUGAAAACGUGUGUGAUCUGUGGUAGAAGUAGUGCUGUAGGACAUUGUGAGCAAACGGGAAAGUUUUAAAUGUUUAAAGAAAGACCAGCUUAUGGCAUUGGGAUUCACAGAACAUGAUUAACUGGAUUUAAUUGAUGCACAUCAGAGUAAUCCUGCUUAAAACUAGGUGAAAGUGGACAUUCAGGGACAGUGUGCAGUAAUCUGGAUUUACUGUUCUCUGAGUAGCAGCUUUCUUCUGAUCCUUCCCUGCAACCUGAAACACAUGAAAAGCAUGCCCCGCUCUUCAACAGAUGAAAGUUUGGAGAUGUUAACAGAAGACAGUUUAGAUUGUUGGCAAUGUGUGUGGGGAAAAAUGCAGAAGCAGCAUUUUGCUCAAAAACGAUCGUGUAAUGGGAAUUGUGCAUACUCUGGUGCAUUCUGCAACAUUCAGUAACACUUGUAUGUAGGCUGGGAUCUUUUUUUUUUUUUUUUAUGGCUCAGAUUUCCUCAAUUUUGAAAUGGGGACUGAAAAUUGGAGCCAAAAAUUGACAAUGGAAGCCCACCCUAAGGGCGAUUGUUUCAUUUUACCAAUCUGUUUAUUAAAGAGCAUUUUUGGUGACUGUUUGAGAAGGCUAAUGUUAUUUAGCACUGUUUAUCUGCAAAGGUUAUGUUUUCUUUCUUGUGUCCCCUGGUUUGUUCUUCAGAUUAUCAACUUAAACAAAUGAUCGGUGGAAAUUUUGGGCCGAGUUUGGAGUAAAUACGCUACAAAUAUAUACUUGUUUUCAGGUGGGCGUUGGGAGGCAGGUGUUGUUUGUUUGUUUGCCAUUUUUUAACAACCCCCCCCCCCCAAAAAAAAAAGUACUCUUGUAUUUUGUGUUGUGGUAACUGAACUUCAUACAUUAUGCAUAAUACAUGUUGAUGAUUUGCAAACGUU